UUUCCGCUCAGACUUGCGCGCCUCUAAGCGCCAGACUCCUCCCUUGUGACGCGCUUGUCAGUCACUGCCGCUGGCAUACUGAAUUGUGACAGGCGCCGGGGGGAACCCAGGGAGGUGUGGCAACCCGGAACCGGAAAAAGUGAGGAAGAGGAGGGUCUAGCGAAAGAAGGGGCCCAGUGGAGAGAGAGCCGGCGCCGGGGUACAGGUCAUAACACCUCAUCUAAACACCCGGUCGGGCUUUUCUGCAAAAAUCAUGUCUGAUAACGGGGAGCUUGAGGAUAAACCACCAGCUCCUCCAGCUCGGAUUAGCAGCACAGGGACGAAAGAUACCCUGACCAGUAACCAUAGUCAUAAGCCUUUACCCUUGAUCCCUGAAAAACCCAGGAAUAAAAUCAUUUCAAUGUUUUCUGGCACAGAAAAAGGAAGCAAAAAAAAAGAUAAGGAAAGGCCAGAGAUUUCACCACCAUCCGAUUUUGAGCACACAAUUCAUGUGGGCUUUGAUUCUAUCACUGGAGAGUUCACUGGAAUGCCAGAGCAAUGGGCACGGUUACUGCAGACCUCAAACAUCACUAAACUUGAACAGAAGAAGAAUCCGCAAGCUGUCCUUGAUGUUUUAAAGUUUUAUGACUCCAAACACACAGUCAAGCAGAAAUAUCUAAGCUUCUCUGCACCAGAUAAAGAUGGGCUCCCCUCUGGUGUGUCUCCUGCACCUAAUGCAAAAGGCUCUAAACCAACAGCAGCAACAGAUGAUGAUGACUUUGAUGACGAUAAGGCUCCUCCUCCUGCUAUUGCUCCAAGACCUGAACACACAAAAUCCAUGUAUACACGUUCUGUAAUUGACCCAAUACCUCCACCCCCUGGAGAUUCAGACAGUGCUGCGAAGACUGGAGACCGACAAAAAAAGAAAACAAAGAUGAGCGAUGACGAGAUUAUGGAAAAACUAAGAACUAUUGUAAGCAUAGGUGAUCCCAAGAAGAAGUAUACUAGAUAUGAAAAAAUUGGACAAGGGGCCUCUGGAACUGUAUUUACCGCGAUUGAUGUAGCUACGGGACAAGAGGUUGCAAUCAAACAGAUAAAUCUUCAGAAGCAGCCCAAGAAAGAACUGAUAAUCAAUGAGAUUCUGGUGAUGAAAGAAUUGAAGAACCCCAAUAUAGUAAAUUUCGUGGACAGUUUCUUAGUGAAUGAUGAACUGUAUGUUGUAAUGGAAUAUUUGGCUGGAGGGUCCCUAACAGACGUGGUUACAGAAACCUGCAUGGAUGAAGCACAGAUUGCUGCUGUCUGCAGAGAGUGUCUUCAAGCUUUGGAAUUCCUACAUGCGAACCAGGUCAUUCAUAGAGACAUAAAGAGUGACAAUGUACUUCUUGGAAUGGAUGGUUCUGUCAAACUGACUGACUUUGGCUUCUGUGCACAAAUUACCCCAGAACAGAACAAGCGAAGCACCAUGGUGGGAACACCAUACUGGAUGGCACCAGAGGUGGUUACAAGAAAAGCAUACGGCCCUAAAGUGGACAUCUGGUCUCUUGGAAUUAUGGCUAUUGAAAUGGUGGAAGGGGAGCCACCAUAUCUCAACGAAAAUCCUUUAAGAGCGUUGUAUUUGAUUGCUACUAAUGGCACUCCAGAACUUCAGAAACCUGAAAAACUUUCACCGAUAUUCCGGGAUUUCUUAAACCGCUCACUUGAGAUGGAUGUAGAAAAGAGAGGAUCUGCUAGAGAGCUCUUGCAGCACCCAUUCCUGAAACUCGCAAAACCACUGUCCAGCCUAACACCGCUAAUCCUGGCUGCCAAAGAUGCAAUGAAGGGAAACCGCUAACAUCAACCCUUCUAUCCUUUGCCUUAAAGUCUCAUUCACCUUAUUUCAUAACCACGUUUAUAUGCUACAAGUGCCACUGAUUACCCAACUCGUGUUGAAGAAGAGCAAACCGCAUCCUGUACAGACAAAGCCAAGAAAUCCUAAUGACUGUACAGCUGGAAUAACUGUGCAGAACACAGUUAUUGUGUGCUUUUCCUUUUAGAAAGAACAUUUUUUUUGUGGCCCUUCAAGAUCCCUCUGAUCCAGGGUAUUGACGGUUUGUUUUAUGGGAAUUCACAUUGUUUUGGUUUUUUUAGGUCUUCUUUCUGUCCUCUGAGGGCAGCGUUUCUGUUUCCUGGCCUUCUCUUGAUACUUGAAUAACUCGCUGAUAGAAGAGCUUUAGUCUUCUGGGUCUGUGCUGGCUCUUCAGAUUUCAAUUAUUUUCCAUGUGCCUGGAUCUGUUUGUUUAAUACAGGGAAGAAAUGUGCAGAUCUUUUUGAAUUCUUUGUGUAGAAGCAUAAGCAAUUGCUUUGUGCCACCAUGUGCUAUACCGGUCAACCUUUUUUUACUAUAGGGCCAGCAACACAUAAUGAUAUGCUGACCCUUUCAGUAAGGGUAGAAUCACUUUUUUUUGUUCAAAGCCUUUUGCUCUGGAUUUGUUUUUGUAUUCUUUACUAGAGAAAGGGUUAAAAUAACAGUAUAGACGGUGACAUGGGACAUUACUGGUGUUUUGGGUUAUUUUCUUUUGUACUGAGGUAAAUUCUGUACCUUUGCUAUGGACAGUUCAUUAAGUGCUCUUAACAGUCAGUAAAAACUGCACUAAUAUUCUUAAAACAAAAGAUUUGGAUUUUUUUUUACACCCAUGCGUUGUUGUCGGAAGGGAAGUAGUGCCAAAGUUAGAAUGAUAUUUUUGUAGUUUUGAUCAGUUUUUUUACUAAUCAGUGAUUGCCAACUUAAGUGCUAAAUCAAAAUGUUCCUUUUUUUUUCUCUAAAGCAUUGUGAAGACAAAAGUGCCUUCAACAAGGUUAGAACUGUCAGAGCCUGGAUCACCACUGUUCUUGUUGCAGCUGUAGGGCUAUACUAUGAAUCCAUUUAUACUGAUAUUAAUCUACAAAAAACAGUACUAAAAAUGAAUACUCUGUUUUUCCUGGAGAUUCGCCUAAUAUUGCCAAGUCACCAUCCAGUCUUUUUGCUCUUAAUAUAUUUCACUAAAUAUACAAAAAUAUACAAAAAGGGAAUAGUAGUGCCAUUUAUUAAACCAUUGUGAUCCAGUGUGUUAAUGCUUUUCGCUAAAAUAAUCCCUAAGCCUUUUGGUAUUAUUUUCCUUAUAUUUCUGCAAAUAUCUGUAGAGAUGGGGGGUUUUAUGACCCAUGCUAAUGAUGUAGCGAAACACAUGCCUUUUUAAAUGCAGGCUGUGGUGUUUCCAGUGCUUUCAAAUAUUGUUUGGCUAUUGUUUUGAAAGGCAGAUUUUUCAGUAUGUAAGGCCCUUUGUUAGAUGGUUUAUUUGAUACAAGUCUGAGACGUCACAUUCAUGUUUUUUUCUUAAGAUAGAGCUACGGUGACGGACUAGGGAGUAUGUGGCGUGGGGAAGUUAAAUGUGGCUCCCAGCAGUCCAUGAACCAGAGUUCUGGGCUCGUAGGUAGGCAGCUAUUAUCUGUUUUGUUCCAUCUCCUGGUGCUAAGGUUUGUGAUGCUGCUGAGAUCAUUUGUCCAUUUCAUGUAAUUUUACAGAAUUUCACUAAACCAUAUUUGUCUUCUACUUAAAUACAACGUAUGUGUGUGUUUAAGCAGACUAAAACUAUGCAACUUCUGUCUUGUGCUGAUUUAACUCUUACCAUGAGCUAAUGCUCUAGAAGCACAGGGGAAAUUAACCUUCCAGUGUCCCAUCCUUUGUGCCUUUACCUUAGAGAAGCCAAUUCAUUAUCCGCACUGCAGCCCUGGAGCCAGAUUUGCAUUGAUUUCACGUUCUUUCCUGCUGCUAAUCGGUGCCACGAUUUAAUUUUUUUUUUUUUUUACCGAAACUGGUCUUACUGUAUGUGUAAAUCAUUUCAUAGCCUUGUUUCUAUUACCGUGUUAGAAAGCAUUGGGCUUGUCUGAUGAACUUGAACGGCAUAUCUGAUUUUUACAAGCUACUAUCCAGAUAUCCCUUGUUCAUGAUGCCUUAGGUUUUUUAAAGGGAAGUUUAUUUAAUUUUCCUGUGUUGUAGAUGCUGUUAAUCUAAGAUUAUCUUUAUGGGGUGUUUUUUUUUUGUUUUUUUUUUAUAUCACUCUGCCUUUCUACAAAAUACAGUCUAGUCACUAGGGAUAUUUGCCCUGGAAACUCUUAAUUAAAUUGAGAGGCUGGAUUUUCUAGAACCUGUAUUUACAGCUUGUCCUUAGUCCAGUACAAUCCCUGUUCUCCCUUUUAUUUGAGGAUUUAAACAAGAGCCUUGUUAAACUUAGAGCUAAAAAGGAAAAGAAAAAAUGUCUGCAAUCUCUCUUAGGCUGCCACUUUUGUUAUACUAAAAGUCGAUUUAAACUUGAUGUUCCCCUUUAAACAUACAUAAGAUGAAGGAGCAUCCAUCUUAAAGAAUUUCUUCACAUGGGCCGUAUUCUCAGAGAAGGGCCUGAUUUGCUUAAAGGCAAUCUGCUUAUUCCUGGUGGAUUCCAUUGAGGUAAAUAACAGACCAAACAACCAAUUUUCUGUUAUUUCCUUUGUUCAGGCAGAGACCACCUGAAUAACUGGAAACCUUUAGUCCUUUCUUGGUUAAAAGUCUGGAUAGAUGAUCCUAAAUCCACCAAAAAGCCCCCAGCUGUUUGGGUAGUAUGGUUGUAAUUAUCCAAACUGCCAACUGUGUGACCCCUGACAGCAGUGCUAAAGCUAGCCAUACAUGCCCAGAUUUGGUCAGGCAACUUUAUCUUCUAGUGACUCACAUCUUUACUCAAGGGCAACUUCCAUAAAGUUUUUUAGUUCCAGAGGCCACAAGGUAAUUUUUACUUAUUAGUUUCCAAGAUAAAUACUGUACCCCUAGGCUUAGUAAUUCCAUACUUAUCUCUGUAGUAGGGGGCUGGCAGUUGGGCAUAUCUUUCCUGGGCCCCACAUGCUGAUAUCAGGAUUAUCUGCUUGAUUCCUUCAUCAAUAUGUGGCCUCUGCACUGAUUGCUUGCUCCAUGUCCCUCAAGUAGGGAUGCACCAAAUCCACUAUUUUGGAUUCGGCUGAAUCCUUCGCGAAAGAUUUGGCCAAAUACCGAACCGAAUCCUAAUUUGCAUAUGCAAAUUAGUGGGUGGGAAGGGGAAAGCAUUUUUUACUUCCCGUGACAAAAAGUCAUGUGAUUUCCCUCCCCACCCCUAAUUUGCAUAUGCACAUUCGGUUCAGCCAGGCAGAAGGAUUCGGCUGAAUCCUGCUGCAAAAAAGGCUGAAUCCCGAAACGAAUCCUGGAUUCGGUGUAUCCCUACCCUCAAGGACCCUUGUAUCUUACCUGGAAUUGCUCGAAAUAUUUCCUUUUGUGUGUUUCCUAAGCAUGACACGUGUUAUUUAUGACACAGACACUCAUUUCAGUUACUUUUAUACCACAAUAAUAUUCAAGUGCAUUUUACUUCCCCCAAUCCAGAUCUGGUGUUAAACUAGAUGACUGUUCCAUUCGUUGGUGAACACAAUGCUUCUUUCUUCAAAGGAAAACUGUAAGCAAAGAUGAUAUUUUCUUUUGAGGAAUAUCUCAUCUUCCCUUUCCAAUGUCUCUGAAUUGAUGCCAAGUCUCAAGAAGUCUGCUAUUCUCUGUCUGUUGGUGCAAUAGCAAUUGGCCAGGUGACCCGUUAUGUGACGGUUUAUCUGUGGCUGAAGAAAUGUCAGCAGUUCUAUUACUAUAUUUUACUAAAGACCAGUAGAAAUGCAAAAUGAGUUUAAAUCUUCUAGUGGUUGUAAUUAUUGUUGGAGAAAGCAUUAAAAUCAAUGGGGCAUUGCUCAUCGACCUUCCUUUUAUCAACUCUUUUUAUCUUUUAGUUUUUUUCUUUUCAACUAGGGAAGAGGAGAGUUUUUUUUUCUUAUCCUGAUGAUGUGUAUAGUUGUGAAUAUUCAACCUCCUCCCUCCUUUAAAGGAACAGUAACCCCAAAAAAUGUAUGUUUUAAAGGAAUCACAAUAUAAUGCACUGUUGUCCUGUAUUGGUAAAACUUCAAGCACAGGAUACACCCGUAGAUAACAGAUCAUUUCUAAAGAAACCCAUUGUAUACUACAGAGCUUAUCUGUUAUCUGCUGUGUAUCCUGUGCAUUUUUCCUAUGCCCCCAUGGCUAGACAGCAGCUCGUUUAUAAAAAUUAUAGUAAAGUUUCUGCAGCAAACACACCAGUUUUACCAGUGCAGCUCAACACUACAUUAUAUUUUCAUUAGUUUAAGACACUUUCAUUUUUUGGUGUUACUGUUCCUUUAAGUGGAAGGUAUAGCCAAGCAAGUUGUCUAGUACUAAAUGGUUUAAUGUUUGCUCUUCAGAAAGUCAAACUAAAGUGGUUUGGGUUUCUUGUAUGCUUCACCCAAACCAGUGCUGUGAACAGAGCAAUGCAGGAUUAGCUUAAAGGGGAAGUUCACAUUUUAUUAUGUUGUAGACGGUGGUAUCCUAUGACAAUUUGUAGUCAACCUGUUGUCUAUUUCUGCAGUUUUGGAAUUAUUUAUUAGUUUUACUGGGUCUAAAUUAUCCUAGCAACCAGAGAGCACUUUGGAAAUUCAGUAUGAAAGAUGACUAGUAGAAGCAUGAAUACAAGAUAUUUUUCAUUGUUGGUGUUGCUGGGGACAGUGACCCUGCAGGCAACAAAGAGGCAGAAUAGGCUAGUAAUUCAAAAACCAUAAAGAUAGUUUUUACAUUAUAUUAACAAAAAAUGAAGAUCAAGUAAAAAGCUGAUUGGAAUAGUUCCAUUUAUAGCAUAAAGUUUUUAUCUAAAGGUGAACUUCCACUUUAACAGAACACCAACAAGGAAGUAAAAAAAAUGUUUCCUACCUUUUCCUUCCCCGCCCCUAAUUUACAUAUGCAAAUUCAGAUUUGGUUCGCUAAUUGACCGAAACCUUCACGAUAAAUCUUUACUGUUCGGAUAAACUAGGGAUGCACCCAAUUCACUACUUUGGAUUCAUCCUUUGGGAAAGAUUCGCCGAAUACUGAACCAAAUCCCAAUUUGCAUAAACAGAUUAGGGUCUGGGAAAGUAAAAAGUGAAAAAUGUCUUUACUUCCACUAUUGUGACAGUCAUGCAAUUUCCUGCCCCUAUUUUGCAUAUGCAAAUUUGUAUUUGCCCGAAUCCUGCUGAAAAAGGCCAAAUCCCAAAGCGAAUCCUGGAUUUAGUGCAUCCCAAGGAUAAACCCAUCCAGCUGUGUGAGCUCAGGACCUGUACUGCAGUAGCAGAGCUGUUAUUCCAUCUUCCCUAUUUGUUUCUAUGUGGAUUCUCCUCAGGUCCCUCUUUCUUCCUCCAUGUAUUCCUUGCAUGCAGAUGUUUUAUAUUUUCAUGGAACUCUCUUUCUCCUGCUCUUACUCUGCCUGUCUGUUUAAUUUAAUCCCAUCCUUUUAUUUAAUUGUUAAUUUUUACGGCAAUAACUACUGAAUCAUUUGUGUGCAUUGUCUUGGCUUAAAAUAAAAAAAAAAAUUGUUGUAUUUUA